AAAUGUCGUCGACGAAAAUGGCGUCGAGCAAGAGAAAACAGGAUGAAAAACAUCUGAAAAUGUUACGAGAGAUGGCUGCAUUGCCACACAACAAACAGUGCUUUGAUUGUCACCAAAGAGGGCCAACAUAUGUGAAUAUGACGGUCGGAUCGUUCGUGUGCACGUCCUGUAGCGGUAUUCUGAGAGGUAUCAAUCCCCCGCAUAGAGUGAAGUCUAUAUCAAUGACAAGCUUUACACCAGAUGAGAUGGAAUUUCUCAAAUGUCAUGGAAACGAUUUUUGUAGGAAGGUAUAUUUGGGACUCUAUGACAGUCGGUCAGGACCCGAGCCCGAUGCCCGCGAGGAACAAAAAGUUAAAGACUUUAUGAUACAAAAAUAUGAGAGGAAGCGAUUUUAUGUGGCUCCAACAGAGGCCAUGAAAGAGGAGGCAAAACAAAUGAACGAAGCAGCAAUGAACAAACAACCACAAACCAAACCUUUGAAGUCCCUAUUGGGAAACAAUGCACCGUCUUUGGUUGUCCAAAAUCAGACAUCGGUCCCAAAGCCACAGUCGACUCCAGGUCCAAUCACAGUACCCACUGCCACACAGCCUAACCCCACCCCCAAACAGGACUUGUCAUUCCAGUCGCCAGGACAACAGAGCCAGUCGUCACAAUCUUCUGGCUCCACCACCAUGGACUUGCUUGGGGAUUUAGGGGGUGACCCCUUUGCGUCAUCAGCCCCGCCACCAGCCCCUUCUACAGGAGGAGGCGGGUUUGCAGAUUUUAGCAACUUCAAUAGCCAGUUCUCAGCACCAGCACAAACCAACCUUCCCUUUCAAUCUAGUGGCAACCCACUUGUUCCCAUGGGAAGUUUAGCACAAGCCAAUCCUCCAACUACAGCUAAUGGGGUUUUCUCCACCCCACAGUCCACGCCAGCAUCUACACCAGCGUCCUCUGCAGCUCCUCCAGGGGGAGACAAGUAUGCAUCACUGGCCGAUCUAUUCAGCACUGAACCAGCAGCUACCACCCAGCCAAGUCCCUCCGUGAGCUGGACUGGCGGAUCUGGUGAUACCGGGUCAGGCCUAAACUGGGGAGGAAGUGGCUGGGAUGGGUCAGGGGUUAAAAACACUCCGGCGCCAGCUCAGACUCCCACCACAGCGGUCAGCUGGAAUAAUCAACCUAACCCAGCAGCCAACGCUGGCGUCAACUGGAACACUUCGUCGUCCACCAACGCCACAUCUUCCAAUGCUUUUCCAAAUGCAGCCUCGCAGAGAGUUGGAAACCCAGGCAACCCUUUUAUCUCGGCAGCGUCGGGUGCAAACCCAUUCGGUGGAGGAUCAACCACCGUACCUACACAGCCUGCUAUGGGAGCAGCCAGUAAUCCUUUUGGAGGAGCAGGGGGCCAGUCAUUAUUUGGAGGUCAGCCACAACCCACCCAGGCAGGGUUUGGUCAGCCAGCCAUGGCACCUGGAUUCGGUCAGCAGCCACCUCCAAGUUCCACAGGAGGAUUUGGUCAGCCACAGACAUCGGUAGCUGGGGGCUUUGGUCACUUUGGUGCAGUGCCGUCUAGUGUUGGAGCCCAACAAGGAGGGGCUAAUUUCGGACAAUUUGGAAUGCAAAAUGGAGGAGGAUUUAGUUCUGCGGGUAAUGUAGCUCCAGCUCCCGGGGGCUUUGGUGCGUUUUCUCAGCCUCAGACCAUGUCAAACUUUGGUAAUGCCAUGGGCACUCCAGGACAUUUUGAUAACAAAAUGGCGGGUAUGCCAGUUCAGCAACAAGGAUUUGGGCAGGCAGCUGGAAGUGCAGGAUGGGGACAGCCAGCCCCUACAGCCAACCCCUUCAUGUCUGCAGCCUCUCAGCCUGUAGCACCGUCGAGCAGCUCGAACCCGUUUUUGUGAUUACCAAAAACUAGUAGGUUUUAACUGGACAAAAAUCAAGUGACCAAAUAUGGGAAUGCAGGUCAGGUGAUCAGGUCAUGUGACUAGGCUUGCGCCGAUACAUUUGAUGUUAUGUGGUUUUCCAUUUCUGUAUUCGGGGCUGGAGAGGCAUGUGCUAGUGUGGAAGUGAGAUUACCUCAAGGGGAUGUAGUGACUUGAUGAUUAUCAUCGCACAUGUACACCAUUCCUUUUCCCAGUGCUCUUGGUUGUGAGGGGAAAGUGGAAAACCUGAUUUUUGCCUGGCAUGAUAAAAUGUAACAGGUGUUACGAUUGGUCAAUCCACUGACUUCAUGAUAUUACACAAGACAUUUGUACAAAGUCGGACAACACAUCUCUGCAUCAUCAUGCUGCUUGUGUAAAAGUUUAACCGUGCUCCGUCAGUAGACCACAUCCCGACAUUAACAUACUCACCAUCGCUAGAAUUGUGCAAAAUUGCUAGUGUGCUAGUGUUAUAAGAUUGUCGGUUCUGUUUUUUUGGGAGGGAAAGGUUGUUUAUUGUAAAAAAUGUUUUGCCAUUUAAGCCUUUUGUUAAUUGAACAAAGCAGUGGUAAUGUAUAUCAAGGCUAGGGUUAAUCAAAGGUUCGAGUGACUCAAUUUGUUGACUCGUUUAUAGUGGGGCGACUCCUAGAGGGUGACUUGGAUGACUGAAUGAUUCCAAUAGUCAUUGAGUUUAGACAGUAUGAUGACUGGUUCAAGUGUAGUAUAUUAGUCCAUGGACUCUUUGGUAGAGGGAAAUUGACGAUCGAGUGAAUCAGAUUUAGGUCAAGUUCAGUUGUAGAGUAACUUGGAGGGUUUGAUUUCUACAGAUGGAAUGGGACUAGAUGGCCAAGCAAACUUGGUGGCAGAGUGAGUUAAGGGGAUGAGAUGGCCAAGCAAAUUUGGUGGUAGAGUGAGUUAAGGGGAUGAGAUGGCCAAGCAAAUUUGGUGGCAGAGUGAGUUAAGGGGAUGAGAUGAUCAACCAAACUUGGUGGUAGAGUGGCUCACAGGGACAUAAAAAGGAAUAAAAAGUUGGGGAGAUUUUCACGAUGGACAAAUACUAGUUAUUGUCAUGGUUGUUGAUAUUGAACAUUUGAACUCUGGGUGAUAUUUGAGUGCAAUUAAUAGAAUAAUGGUAGAGUUUUCUCCCUUACAAUGAUUUUGGACAGUUCGUGUAGUAAGUGACAUUUUAUAGUAAUUUAUAUGCAAAUUGUGAACUUUAUUAUUUCUUGCUUUAUUUUUAAAUAUUAGGUAUCUUAGGAUUUUGCUUAAUAUGAAUUAUAUUUAAUGCUGAUGAACUUUAGGAUUUUUUUCCUGAAAAAAUAAUGAAUAGCCUCUGAGUAUAAGGAAAAUCGUCCAAAAACAAGAGAUUUCAUUGAACACACAAAUGAUCCAGAAAUAUGUGUGUGUUUUAUUUACAAUGUCUGAACAGUAUUGUAUAUUUAUGAACUUAAGUGUUCUGUAAUUACUUUCGAAAUAUUGAAAUAUAAUAUAUAAUCAAUUUAACAUAGAGAUUUUAUUGUUCGUUUUAACAAAUGCAUGAAUGAUUGAAUGUGUUUUUUCUCUUUCAAAAAUUAGAUAUACAUGUUUAGGACUGAUGGUGAUACAUUUGAGUUUUGAAGACUUAUUAUACAUAUCAGAUAUUGAUAUGCAUUAUAUAUCUUAAUUAAUAAAGGCGGUUUUAUUGAAGGACACUUGAAAGAAAGCAUGCACCUGGGUUCUUGUUCACCUUCAUAUUUAGUCCAUUUUUCCUAUAAUACAGACAACAUAGAUUGAAGUGGUUUAAAGCUGGCUUGUAAUUCAGAAUUUUGUGUUGAAACUAUGUUUCUUUGAAUUGAUCUGUCUUAAAAAUCAGAAUAUAGGUUUCACUUUAGGAUUAUAUGUGUGUGUAUAGUUGGGGAAAUAAAAUCCAGUAUUUGAUUGAUAGGAAAGUAGUUUUGUAGAUCAUUUAUAUACAGAAUAUCAUCCAUCAUUCCUGUAAAAUAAAUUGUCCAAAUUUGUACAACAAUCAAAAUGUAGAUUGGACUUCGUUUCAUUUGAUUGAAAGCACUUUAAAUUGAUCACCUUCUGUUAUCCAGUCAGGUAGCAGAUAUAUUUUUUUUUUAUUAUUAUUAUCAUUUCAAAGUCCUGGUGAUUCAAGGAAGACUGAAUACUGUAGCAUGGAAAUCUCGGACAUACAGGUAGUUAUGUGAAAGGACUUUUCCUCUUAAGUGUUUGACUUUAAACCCAAAAUGUAUUUUCAGAAAUGAGUUUUGUUUAACUCUCACUUCCUUGAUUCUUUUAAUCAAGUUUAAAGAAAUAUAUAAAGGGGAGAUAUUGCAAAAUAAAACAAGAGGGGGGUAAUAUUCUAAUAAAGAUGAGUAAACAAGGGGAGAUAAUUCAAAUAUAGAUGGGUAUAUGAGAUAUAAAGGGAGGUUAUUUCAAAUAAGGUGGUUAAAUAAAGGGAGAUAAUUCAACUAUGAAUGGGUGAUUGAUGUUUUUUGUUGGUGUUGUAAGCAUUCUGCUUGUGAUUAUCUGCGUUAUAUAUGUUUUAAAUAACAAAUGUUAUUCCAAUGGAACUGUGUUAUGCAUGCAUUGAAAAUUAGGAUCUUAAAGUCCAAUUUACCGAAAUGAAAUAUAGAAUCUAUCGCACAUUUGUUUAAAAUUUGAUGUAGGUUGCUGAUGCUAUAUUUAGUAUUAUAAGAACUUCACUACAUCAAUGAAAAAAAAAGGAAAUUUAAUAGUAUAAACUUUUAUGGAAUUCACAGCUUAUUUCAUUUAGUAGUAAAGAAAUCCUCACAAUAUUAGAGUUCCUUUUUUUUGAAAAUUAAUAAUUCACAAAUACAUCUUGUAAUAUGGUUUUGCCUAUAUGCUUUGAUACUUCAACUAAAUUUACUGAUGAAAGUUAAGAGGUCCAUGAUAUUCUCAUAAAAGUUUAUUUCAACUAGAAUAGAAACUUUAAAAUGAUGAAGAAAAGGCAAAGUGACUGGCUUUAAAUUAUUGAAGUUUUCUUUACCCAAAUCCUUGUUAAAGCUGUUUCUCUGUAAAGUCAACAUGGAUCUUCUUUCUCCUGAAACAUUGUUGGGAGUUACUCGUUAUUUAUAGAAUGAACAAUGUAUGUUACCCUAAACAUACCUGUGAUUUCUGGUUAAAGUUGUUUUCUCAAGACCAGUAUUUUCUGCUUCCAAAUGUGUCAGUAUGUAAAUCAUAUACUUAACUUGUCUGUAGUUACCAUUUAUGAUAAAUUCCUUAAUGUGUUACUCUUUUGGAAUGAAGAUUCCUGUCGUGGCAAGGUAGCAUACUCCCUUAAACAAAUGAUCAAAUAUACAUUAUUCCUAUACACCUUAGUAUGUGUACGAGAUGUGAAACAUAUAUCCAUCUACAUGUAGUGUGUACUUUGUAUGGAAGAGAUAACUAAUCUGAAAUAAACUUUGAUAGGAAAUUAAGGUAAAGAGAGCCACUGCACCUGGCCUGUUAGUAAGGUAAAAAGAGUUUGAAAUUUCUUUUCCCUUCACUUAGAGUUACCUCCCUUCUUAUAGUAUUCUGUUGGUUUGCCGUUAUGAAAUCUUUAUUGAAAAAUCUGGGAAUCAAUAUGUCUAUUAUGAGCCAAAUGCAGUGGAUAUAUUUAAAGUUAACUUAAUUUUUAAUUUAUCAACUUUAAAUUUUGUAAAAUGCUUUGAAAAAUGUGUCUUCUUUUAAAAAAAAUAUUUGUAAAAUAUCUAGCUGGUUAAAAAAAGGGGGAAAAAACUUUAAGUUGAUGGGUCUCUUUACCUUAAUUCAGUAAGAUUAGUAUUUAGAAUGUAUAUUUCUACAAUGGAUGUUAGAACAUGUGGAUUCCAUGUUAAUCUGAAAUCCUCAUAAACUUAUCUUAUUUCUCCAAGUAUGAAUAAAACUUAGCCAUUGUAUUAUGAAAUAUCGUAUAAAGCAAUAAUUUUUAUAUUUUUGAACACAAUUGUUAAUUAGAAUUUCCUUGACUGUCUGUUUAGUAUUAAUUAACAUGAUUUGUUUUGUGAAAAGUUUGUGAAAUGUACUGAUUGUAUUUUCAAUCUUCCAAAUAUAGGACAAUUUCUAUUGGGGCAUACCGAAUCUGAUUCAAAAUAAAACAAAGCAUUUCUGAUAUAUAUCAAAUUUAACUUUUCAGUAAUAAGUGGAGAUGCUAUGGUCAAAGUUUAAAGAAUUAAUUUUCACCUAUUUUUUACAUUAUAAUUUGAAAGAAUAUUUGACUGAUCAAAUUCAUCUUUUGACAGCACAGAUAAAUUCAGAACUAGGAAACAAAAAUUUGGAGAUUUGGAGGAAUAUUUCCUGAACAAUGUUGGUGUUAUAACAAUGAUGUGAAGUGUACUUGUAUCAUUAUAUGAUUUUUAUUGUGAGGAUAGUUUCUAGCCUCCAUCUUGCUUGAUGUUUGUCUUGUUGGUUACUCCACUUUUUAUGUAAUUACUCAUUCCAAAGACGUUAUUUUAAUUGUAUCUAAAUGCUAUAUGUGUACAUAACUGUAUGUAAAUUACUGUAUCACAGUUACCAUGGAUACUCAUGUAUCAAAUAAAUCUAUCAUGUCAAUUAUA